AUGAAAACUGAGGGCUUGGAGAAUGGGGACAAGCAAUCAUUCCGAUUGAUAUUGCCAGUUUGUGCUAAACCUCAGGCUACAGGAACAUCAGAGAUGCCCUUCCAGACAUUGCUGGUUGGAUUAGAGUUCCACUAUGUUCACUGCGGGUAUGAAUUGGAAGGCAUCACCAGAUGGGACCGUAGCCUGCUUGAUCCUAGCAUUGUCAAGAAGUUCAUUGAGAACUGUCGAGAACACCAUGGCAGCCAUUGCAACGAGCCUCUUUGGGCUGCGAAGAUCCCUCAGUUCUUCCGAGUAAUUGAUACAAAGAAUUGGUGCAUUCAAUUAGCUCCAGAAGAGCGGUUUGAGUAUCUCGCCCUCAGUUUCGUCUGGGGGGUGCCAUUGGGAAUACACAGCCAGACGGAUAUUAAACUUCUUCAACUCGAUACAGCAACUCUCACAGAAUUGGAGCAGAUGGAUUCAUUACACAAAUACUCUAUCCCAGAAGUCAUCCUGAAUGCUAUUAAUUUCUGCGCUGAUCUCGGCUACCAGUAUCUUUAG